AGUCUCCACAGUGGCGGCGAGGGCCGCCCAUGAAGUCUGUUUUGUGCAACGCCUGCGGUACACGCUACCGACGGACCGGGCAGCUGGGCUCGCCGGGUCCAGCGACGUCCAUGCGCAAGAUGCGGUCAGUAGUGUCCGACCAGAAGCGCUACAAUGUCGAAGACAGCGAGGGGAGCCGUCUCGUGUUCUGCGAAGCGGCAUGA